CAGACCCUUAACAAUUUUCGCCAGAUUCGCCAUUUUAAUCCAAUUCGCCUCCAGGGUUCAUACAAAAGCUUGCGACAACUUUUUAAGGUCUUUUCAAGGACCACAUUCGAUUAUCAACGACCACCUAUGAGGAAUUUAAUUUCAGAGAUUGUAAAAAAGAAAUGCACAUUCCCAGUCCAUCGAAAUAGGACUUUAAGGCUUGAACUGUUUGUUCCACCAACUUCUCUAAAUGUUUCAGUUCACUUGUCUUAAAGUGAUAGUUAACUAUUGCAUAGAACAAAAAAACGCUUUAUGUAAAUAACCUUCAACUUCUCUGAGCUAUGAUUACUAUUCUGCCUUGGACAACCAAAAAGCAUUCAAACACCUUCCAGGCCACUACAUUCAAAGUUAAGACUGUAUGAACCCUGGCCUCUUAGGCCCCGGCCUCUUAACAAGAAGUGCCUCUUGACAUCGCAAGUGAAUAUUCAUCAUGCCCUUGGCAAAUUGUCGCCAGAUUUUCAAUUUUCGCCUUUUUUGUCCGAAUGGCUAUUUUUUCAAAUUUCGCGCUGCGCCUCUUGAUAUCUCAUUUGAAUUUU